AUGUUGUCGGAUCUUGAACGGAAACUCGGGCGUGCGCUGCUGGAGCAUCCCUCAAAGCAUGGCUACCGCUACACUGGAGAAGCCAGCCAUGACCUCCUCGAGCUCCUAUUCCGCUCCUUGACCGGCUAUAAUGAAGAAUAUCUCCGCCUACUAUUUCCCGACGGUCUCCCAAAGGGCAGAUGGAAGCUGUCAGAAGCUCAGGGUGCGGUUGAAGGCGCGGAAUACACAGAGGCGGCACGGGGCAAGAGAUGCGGGCAUAUCUUCAAGAACGGCGAAGCUUCAUAUCACUGUAUGACGUGCUCGACGGAUGAUACCUGUGCGUUGUGUUCGCGAUGCUUUGAUUCUUCGGAUCAUACCGGACACAAGUAUUCCAUUUCCUUGUCGAGUGGAUAUAACGGGUGCUGCGACUGUGGCGAUGAGGAGGCGUUUAAGAUUCCUGUUCUCUGUGCGAUUCAUACGGCGACGGCGGAUAUUGAAGAGAAGGGGAAAUCGUCAGCACAGACUCCAGCCGAUCUGGUUGAGAGUAUUACAACAACAAUCAGCAGGGUUUAUGAUUAUUUCUGCGAUGUUAUCUCCUGUUCACCGGAGCAGCUCAGGCUUUCAAAGUCCGAGACUAGCAUCAGGCAGGACGAGGUUACGUCGAGGCUCUCUUCAGAGUGGUAUGGUGGGAGCGAUCUCGCCGAGGAGGAGCCAGAGUUUGCUCUCGUACUCUGGAACGAUGAGAAACAUACGGUUACAGAGGUUGCCAAUCAAGUUGUCCGCGCCUGUCGGGAGGUAUCGCGGUUUGGAAAAGAAAAGGCUAAUGAGACACACGAAAUUGGAAGGAGUGUGGUGAAAUACUCGAGGGACUUGGGGAAUUUACUUGCCGUGUCGAAUAUUAUUGAGCAGAUAAGAGUUACCGUUACAGUGAGGUCUGCUCGGGAUACAUACCGGGAGCAAAUGUGUGGAACGAUCAUCGAGUGGCUUUCUGAUAUUGCCUCUUGUUAUGUUGGCAAUGAUAGUGACUUGCUCAGGCAGACUGUGUGCGAUCAAAUGAUUCAGCCUUGGAGACUUGGGAGCAGUGCAUCAAACGCCAGUAUUGGCAAGAAGGGUAUCUACGACAAUGAGCAGGAGGAUAGGAUGAGAGGUUACGCUAUUUCAUUUACGAUCAACCCAAAUGGCCCCUUUAUCGAACUUGCUGCCACGGACGAUGUGAUGGAUGACAACGAUGAGGGAGCUAUUGAAGAGGACCGUGAUGAGGAAGAAGGCGAAGAUGAUGAGGUCGACGAUGAGGAGGAUGAAGAUAUGGAUGCUGUCAAUCCAGUUCGUCUUAAUCUGGAACAAAUUGCAGAAGCUUUUGAAGCUAGAGCCAACGCCAUGAAUGCAGAUGUUGAAAUGGCCACUGAAGACCACCUAGAAGUUGAGGAGGCAACUCUCGCAGGAUAUCCUCCACCCCCUCCACCGCCACCACCACGGGCACUCCAGCAAGGUGGCCAGGAUGUUACCCCUCAUAUUGCCCCCACGGGGCCAGAGAGUGAGAGGUUUGCGAAUUCUCUCGCAUCUGCAAGAAUCACUAUUCCUAGAACACCUGGUGUGAGAACCAAGCCGUAUUCAAGAGCUCCUACGUACUGGGGGAUUAAGCCUGAUCGAUACUUCGACAACCAGGACCUUGCUCCCUACGAAGACUUCCGGAAGAGGACGCGACUUGAUUGGAUUAUCUUGUUCGACUUGAGACUAUGGAAGAAGACUAGAACGGAUGUUCGGGAAUUGUGUCUGGGUACUGUUGUCAAUGUGCCACGGUUCAAACGGAUCCUUGGUCUACGGUUCUCCGCGUUAUAUACCACGCUUGCACAGCUAUAUUUGAUCGCUGAUAGGGAACCGGAUCAUUCUAUUAUUAACCUCUCCCUACAGUUAUUGACAACACCUUCUAUCACCGAAGAAGUAGUUGAUAGGGGAAGCUUCCUAACGAAUAUAAUGGCCAUUCUCUAUACCUUCCUCACCACACGCCAAGUGGGAGAACCUCGCGAUGUUGACCCAACUGCCACACUUUCGAUUGACACUGGCUCAGCAACUAACCGGCGACUAUACCAUUUCUUCCUUGAUUUACGAUACCUCCUUCUAUCUGAGCAUGUCAAGUACAAGAUCCGCUGUGAACGGCAAUAUCUGAUGCAAUUCCUUGAUCUUGUGAAACUCCCACAGGGAAUCUGUCCCAAUGUUCGUGCAGUCGAAGCUCAUGUUGAGUACGAGACAGAAACCUGGAUCGCAGCAUCUAUAUUGAUGAGAGAAAUUAACCGCCUUUGUCGGAUGUUUUGCGACUCGUUUCGCAUAAACGACACUGAAGAAAACGAGGCUUUCAUAGUUGAUGCGAUAGCAACAACUGCUUAUUCGACCAUGGUCAACUCCCUGGGACUGGAGCGACACCGUUUCAGCCAGGCGGAGAUCAAAGAACUAGUCCGCUUCAAGUCUGUCCCAUUUGUCGAAUUCGAAAAUUACUCUUUUAAACAGGUUACGCAUCAUCGGCUAGUUGAUUUCGUUGUAGAUCGCGGGUCGAUUAGUUUCCAUCACGCGCUCCAUUAUACCCUCUCCUGGCUCGUUGAGUGUGGUCGGGAUAUGCCUGAGAAUAAAUUGAGGGAAGUGUUUUAUCGUACGGCGAAUAUGGUUAAAUCUCAACGUUUAACCAACACGCAGAUCCAGGGAUUGGAUGCGGAUGAUAUUAUUUUUACUAUGUUUGAUUUCCCUCUGAGGGUAUGUGCUUGGCUUGCUCAGAUGAAAGCAGGCAUGUGGGUAAGGAAUGGGCUUAGCCUUCGACACCAAAUGAGCCAAUAUCGCGCCGUCACAACACGUGAGUUGGCAUAUUAUCGAGAUAUUUUUUUGUUGCAGACUGCCUUUGUUGUUUGCGACCCCAUCAGAUUCCUUGCGAGUGUUGUUGACCGGUUUGGCGUUGGCGAUUGGAUGCGUGGAGGAUAUGUGACUAGGCCUGGCUACGAAGAUUUGAAGCAUGUGGAUAUCCUGGAGGAGCUUAUCCAUUUGAUGAUCGUGCUGAUCACUGAUCGAACAUCGUUAUCGUCUCCGGAGGAUCAAGAUAAUGUUCGCACCAGUACUAUGGCCAGAGACAUUGCACAUGCUCUUUGUUUCAAACCACUGUCCUUUUCAGACUUGUCGCAACGGAUGAAUGAAAAGUUUGGAGAAUCGAAUAAUUUCCAGGAGGUCUUGUCGGAGGUGGCUACAUUCCGCCCUCCGGAAGGAAUGAAUGAUACAGGCACUUUUGAACUGAAGCCGGAUUAUCUCGAUCUCGUGGAUCCAUACUGUGCUCACUAUACUAAGAACCAGAGAGAUGAGGCUGAGAACCUGUACAAACAGUGGAUGGCGAAGAAAACCGGUAAAGAUGCAUCACAGAUUGUUUUUGAGCCGAAACUGCGUGCGAUACAGUCAGGGGCAUUCGUUAGACUUACUGCUUUUACUCAGACGACAUUAUUUGCUCAAAUUAUCCACCACUGCCUAGAUUAUUGUCUAACAUUUAAAAGUGUCACUACAAACGUCACUACGACGAGGGUUGAGACAUUCCUGCAUCUGGUACUCCACCUAAUUCUCUUGGCAGCCAUGGAAGAUACUGUCUCUGAAGAUGACCUGGAUGAGAGUGGCGAGCAUCCUGACUCCACGAAAUCUUUUAUCUAUCAUGCCUUGUGCCGGACUAAACUUACCCGUACGGCAGAAAUAAGCAUUAUCGGGUUGCUUCAGAAUAUAUCAAAUGUGCCAGAGUAUUCCUCGUGUGGGCCAAAGAUUAGACACAUUUUGAAGAAAUUGUGGCAAAUGCGUCCAAAAGCUUACGUUGCUGCGACAAGUACUCUUGAAUUCCCGUACGACAAUAUCGCGGCUCCUUCGCCGGCUGCCAAGACCGAGAGCGAGCUUGAGAUUAAGAAGAAACAGGCUCUUGAUCGACAGGCUAAAGUAAUGGCACAGUUCCAACAGCAGCAGCAGAACUUUUUGAAUGCUCAAGGUAACAUUGACUGGGGAGAGGAGGAUGACGAUAUGAGUGAGACUGGGGAGCCAAAUCAUCUCAGCCUGACUGAAAAGAAGCUUUGGAAGUAUCCUUCGGAUCGAUGUAUUUUGUGCCAGGAAGAUACCAAUGAUUCGCGUAUUUAUGGCACAUUCGCACUUAUAACAGAGAGCAAGAUCCUUCGACAAACAGAUACGGAAGACGCCAGCUACGUUGGGGAGGUAUUAAAGACUCCAUCUAGUCUCGAUCGUUCGGCGGAUGCCAUUCGCCCAUUUGGUGUUGCUGGGGACAAUCGCAAGAUGGUUCGAAGUCUAGAUUCUACAGGUGGAGAAGUCAUUAUGGAAAAGCAAGGGUUGGGCAAGGGCUACAAUCCCAAGCGAGCAGUUGCAGGACCUGUAAUGACUGGUUGUGGGCAUAUUAUGCACUACCAUUGUUUCGAGGACUAUUACAACGCCGCACAGCGAAGACAUCACCACCAGGUUGCUCGCAAUCACCCUGAGCGCUUGUCUCUGAACGAGUUCGUUUGUCCACUUUGCAAAGCACUAGGAAACUCUUUCUUACCAAUCAUCUGGAAGGGUAAGGAGGAGUCCUACCCUGGUGCUUUGGGCACAACAGAAUCGUUCGAUGAAUUCUUCAAUGAAACGCUUGUCUACGCUGUGUCUAGAUUCCGAAAUCAUGCUCUUAUAAUGGAAAGUGAUAAGCUGUAUACUUCCGGGUUUCAGGACUUGUUUGUCGAUUAUGUAUCUAAAAAUUUCAUCUCUCCCCUGUCGAACAAGGUGGACCAAUUGACUACGCCGCCACUCCCGGAACUGCUUUCCUUCUCCCAACCAGCCCGGAUGCAAAUGCCAGGAUUAUUCCCCCAACCAGAUGAAAUUGCCGCGAUGGGCCCUCCUACUACUCAACAACCUUCUUCAAAUACAAAUUACUCGCUUAUGCCAGAGCUUGUGACUAUCUACAAACGACUAAGAGAGAGUAUUCGCUCUAAUGGGAUCUACUCGCAAUUUGGGUAUCAAGGGAAUAUAUCAGAUGACUUGAUUUUCUCCGAUGUAUUACUUAGGAGCCUUGGCUUUUCCAUUGCGGCUGUGGAGAUCGCCCAACGUGGUGUUGGAUCCCAAGGCGGAAGCACUCUACUAGCACAGAUUCCACAAAUGACCCUUACACAUUUACGAGUGAUAUCCGAGACGGCUUUUUCGUACUGCUCCAUUGGAGGACUGAAUCCGACCGCGACGAAUAAAACCGGAUAUGAAUUCAGAGAUAUGAAUCGUCGGAAACUCUGUCAGCUAUUUGUUGGGCAUCCAGGGCUUUCUGGGCUGUCCAACAUAGCCUACGAUAACAAGUCCAUCGAGCCGCUACUUGGACAGGACAGUUUUGUGUUCCUGGCUGAGUGUUCGCUCUCCAUAGUCCCCGCGUUAAACUUCGAUAUUAUCCAUGUAGUUCGCCUAUGCUACAUCGCUGAGAUUGUUAAGACGGCCCUGGUAUAUAUGCUACAUCCGAGGGGAUUCCUUGAGUUGGAAUCAAAGCACGAUUCCGAUUCUUCUACGGAUGGCGGUGUCAUAAGCCCCCAGGAGUCCCUGAUGAGGAAUGUAUUCAACUGGCUUAUUAACACAUACAAGACCUCGUCUACCAAUAAUCAGCUACCCGAAGAAGGUGUCUCCUCUCUUUUCAGCGACAGCGAAACUUUCUCAAACAGCAUGAUAAAACGCCUCCGACGAAUGGUUGACAAAUAUGCACUUCCUUUCCUUCGCAAAACUGUUAUUUUACUCCAUGUUCGGUUUGGGGUGGAGUUCCCGAAUACCGGGUCGGAUUAUAGUGACAUGGCAGAGAUUGAUCGCCUGUCCACUCUACUUCAUCUUCCUUCGAUUGAUAGCAUUUUUGAGUCUCUUAUAAAGAAUGUGGGUGCAGAGAGCAGCAACAGUAUGGCCUUGCUAGUGACUGGGUGGAUCUCGCAUUUUAUUUCCUGGCUACAAGAACGCACAAACGUUGAUGAUCAUCAGCAGCAACAUCAGCAACAACUAGAGCCCCUUUCACUCCCACAUCCGGCGAUUUUUGAGCUGGUGGGGCUUCCCAAAUACUUUGACUCCCUGUUGGAUGAGGCAACGAGACGCCGCUGCAAGACGACCGGCAAGGAACUCGCUGAUCCCAGCAUCUGUCUCUUCUGUGGCGACAUAUUUUGCUCCCAGGCGGUUUGCUGUCGAAGCGGGGGGGAUCGGAAAUUAGGUGGUUGCAAUCGCCAUGUUGCUGAAUGCGGCGGAAACGUCGGCUUAUUCAUUAACAUCCGCAAAUGCAUGGUUCUCUUUCUUCAUAACAAGAACGGCAGCUGGCAUCAUGCGCCUUAUCUGGACAUCCAUGGCGAAGUUGAUCCAGGUUUCCGGCAUCAUAGGCGUCUUAUAUUGAAUCAAAAACGAUAUGACCGCCUUCUUCGUGACGCGUGGUUAUCACAUGGAAUACCCGCAGUCAUUAGCAGGAGGUUGGAGGCGGAAAUUAACAAUGGGGGCUGGGAAAGUAUAUAG